AUGCGCAAUAGACAAAGGCGUAACCCUCGAGAUACUAAGGGGUGUGUACGAGAUAAUUCCUAUUCACAAGAUCUUGUUGUGCUGAAAUGGUGUUCUGAAAGGCCAGUGGUGUUCACCAGGAGUGCUCAGGAGAUUUCAGUCGACACAAAGCAGUGGCGAUUCACUGUCUGUGCCGCGCAUGACAGUGCAGUCAAUAUGACACUCACUUGUACAGGAACUUGUAUAGCUGCAUUAGUCAUGUUCCUUGCUACUGAGUUUGGGCUGUGCAUCCUUUCCCCACAACAGAGAAAAGACAUAGAUGCUAGACUGUCGCGUGAUAUGUCAACGCCUCCUUUUUAUCAUACAGGAAAUUUGACAGAAGUCCAGAUGCACAUAAUAAUGACAAAUGUACAGUUUACAGAUGAGAAAAAGGCGGAUUUCACAUUUUAUACAUAUCAAAUAUGGACAGACGAGAGACUAGCAUAUCCUGAUAUAUCUAAUGAUUCACAUGCCUACCACGUGGUCAGACAGGUUUAUUUUGACAAUAUUUGGUUGGUGGAGAGUUACGUGGAAAAUGAGUUACAUUCGCGCGUCCACGAUUCGGUACUGCCUAAUCGAUUUGUCUGGAUUUUCCCGAACGGGACAAUUGUUUAUAGCAUAAGAUUAACUGUUGGUCUUACAUGCAAUCUGCAGGCUGUACGUUUUCCAUUGGGUGAAUUCAUAUGCAGUAUCAAGUACAGAAUACACUCAUAUUCACAAGAUCUUGUUGUACUAAAAUGGUCCACUCAAAGGUCGGUAGUGUUCACUAGGAGCGCCCAAGAGGACUCGGUAGACACAAAGCAAUGGCGGUUCUCUGGCUGUAACGCGGAUGACAGUGCAGUUAUGGAGAGUUCCUGUCUAGAAAUAUCAGUUGUGCUUAUCCAAGACUACAUGCGGAGCAUGGUACGCCUCUACAUGCCAAGCAUCUUUGUUGUGUUCGUUGGCUGGCUAAGUUUCUGGAUAGAUCGGGGAGAAGUAUCGGCCAGAAUUAAGCUUGGUACAUUGUGUUUGCUUGCCAUGAUAACGGAGGAGGUGGGCAUCAAAUUUCUGCUUCCAUCCAGCAUCCAACUUGACGCCAUUGAAGUUUGGUUUAGCGCGAACCUUGUAUUUGUGCUUGUUGCUAUAGUGGAAUAUACCUUUGUUCACGCAGUUGACAGUUUCCAAAAGAAAUGCUAUACUGACAAAGAAUCGAAAUCAAGUGUUCACCACUGCAAGGAAAAUGGAAACAGUGUUGAUGGAAUCGUUGGUUUUUCAAUGAAAGAGCAGCAACAUCCGGAUACAAUUGACCCUGGCAGACAAACAAGCUAUGAUUUGGCAACGAAAUCCGACGAUGGCACUCCAUCGCUUUGGUGGAGUCGUGUCGUGAUGAAACUAUCGACAGGACAUGUAGAAAAGGCUGCGCGGAUUUUAUAUGCGGUCGCUUACAUAAUUUUCCAGAUUUUCUACUGGUUUUAUUACUUGAAUAAAAAGACUCUUAUUGCGAAAACGGAGCCGGACAUCACCAUCGUAUAA